UCCCUUCUCUCCCUCCCAUCGCACUCACGCUUCCCCCGCAGCCUCUCUCUGUUUUCUUGGACUGCAGCAGAAAAAUCCGCUGCAUCGCACAAGAACAGAAAGCAGAGAUCUGGCUGCGAUGUCUGCUCCCUCUGUAUCCGUGUAAGUGAGGAGGAAAUCCGGGAACGGAGCUGUCGGACUGCGAUGCUUUCUGGUUCCCCUGGAAAUUAUUCCCUCUGCUGAGUUCUGACCGGACAGAAUUCGGAUAGGGUCUCCGUCUGAACUCUGUCUGGUAACGCCCAUCCAAUGGAAAAAGACAUGAUUGUUUAACCAUUAGUUACCUGGCUGCUGGUUACUUUCUCAAAGCUUAUACAGCAUCUCACCCUACCUUGAGAUAAGUCAUCAGUAAUAAGUAAAGAGGUACUUUAAAUUUACAUUUAGUGCCAACUCUCCUUGUGCCAAGAUGGAUGAAGCACCUAACAACAGGACUUCCUUGGUCAAAGGUGCCAAGGACAUCGCAAAGGAAGCCAAGAGGCAUGCUUCCAAAAAUUUCAACAAAGCUGUUGAUCGUGCCUCUGACGAAUACUCUGCCCAACGCAGCUAUGACCGCUUCCACAACGAGAAUGAGGACAACUACAACGUGUACAAUCAGCCGGAAUACGGCGACAACGCGGCCAACGACGAGGACGGGGCGUCCAGUGACGCAACCGAGGGCCACGACGACGAAGAUGAGAUCUACGAAGGCGAGUACCAAGGCGUGCCGGCCUCCAACAACGAAAAGCCCCGGGAUGGGCAGGUGGCUCUGGGCCUAAAGAACCUCAAGAGCCAGAAGGAGCUGGAAAACGAGAGGCAGGCAGACGAGGAGGAGCUGGCUCAGCAGUACGAGCUGAUCAUGCAGGAGUGUGGCCACGGGAGGUUCCAGUGGCAGCUUUUCUUCGUGCUCGGACUGGCGCUCAUGUCUGACGGCGUGGAAGUGUUUGUGGUGGGGUUCGUCCUGCCCAGCGCUGAGACGGACAUGUGCGUCCCCAACUCUGGCGCGGGAUGGCUUGGCAGCAUUGUGUAUCUGGGCAUGAUGUUCGGAGCGUUUUUCUGGGGCGGCCUGUCAGACAAGGUGGGCCGCAAACAGUGCCUGCUCAUAUCCAUGUCCGUCAACGGCUUCUUUGCCUUUCUCUCCUCCUUUGUUCAAGGCUACAGUAUGUUCCUCCUCUGCCGCAUGGUGUCUGGCUUUGGGAUUGGCGGCGCGGUGCCCAUCGUGUUCUCGUAUUUUGCGGAGGUCUUGGCCCGGGAGAAGCGAGGUGAGCACCUGAGCUGGCUCUGCAUGUUCUGGAUGAUCGGAGGGAUUUACGCCUCAGCCAUGGCCUGGGCCAUCAUCCCACACUACGGGUGGAGUUUCAGCAUGGGGUCAGCCUACCAGUUCCACAGCUGGAGAGUGUUUGUGGUGGUCUGUGCGCUGCCGUGCGUCUCAGCGGUGAUUGCUCUCACUUUCAUGCCCGAGAGCCCCCGCUUCUUCCUGGAGACGGGGAAACACGACGAGGCCUGGAUGGUUCUCAAACACAUCCAUGACACCAACAUGCGGGCCCGAGGAGAGCCUGAGAGAGUCUUCACCGUGAACAGGAUAAAAAUCCCCAAACAGCUGGACGAGCUGGUGGAGAUGCAGAACGAGUCGGCCAACCCGGUGCUUAAGGUCCUUUGCAAGAUCAAGGCAGAGCUCAGAGGGAUCUGGUUGACUUUUAUGAGAUGCUUCAGCUACCCAGUGAAAGAAAACACCAUGAAGCUGGCAGCAGUCUGGUUCACUUUGUCAUUUGGGUUUUACGGGCUGUCGGUGUGGUUCCCGGACGUCAUCAAACACCUUCAGGCUGACGAGUACGCCUCCAGAGUGAAGAUCCAUCACAACGAGCGCAUUGAAGACUUCACCUUCAACUUCACACUGGAGAACCAGAUCCACAGGAACGGAGUAUUUAUGAACGACAGGUUUCUCAACAUGAAGUUCAAGGCUGUGACGUUUAUAGACUCAUCUUUUAUCAACUGCUAUUUUGAGGAUGUUUCCUCAGUGGGAUCCUCCUUCAAAAACUGCACCUUCGUGGACUCUUUCUUUUACAACACGGACGUAGAUGAUGCCAAGCUGACAAAUUCAAGAGUGAUCAACAGCUCCUUCCACCACAACAAGACUGGCUGCCAGAUGACGUUUGACGACGAUUACAGCGCCUAUUGGGUCUACUUUGUCAACUUUCUGGGAACGCUCGCCGUGUUGCCGGGGAACAUCGUUUCUGCUCUCCUAAUGGACAAGAUAGGACGCCUCAGCAUGUUAGGAGGCUCCAUGGUGCUGUCGGGAAUCAGCUGCUUUUUCCUUUGGUUUGGCACCUCUGAGUCCAUGAUGAUCUUCAUGCUCUGUCUCUACAAUGGUCUCAGUAUCUCUGCGUGGAACUCCCUGGAUGUAGUCACCACUGAGUUGUACCCUACAGACAGGAGGGGCACAGGAUUUGGCUUCUGUAACGCCAUAUGUAAGCUGGCAGCAGUUCUUGGCAACCUGAUUUUUGGCUCCCUGGUUGGCAUCACCAAGGCUAUUCCUAUUCUCCUGGCGUCAGCUGUUUUGGUUGGUGGCGGACUGGUGGGCCUCCGACUACCAGACACACGUUCCAACGUCCUCAUGUGAACGCCGGCCAAGAAAACGGGUUUACCAGGUUUUUACUCAGCCUACUGAACAGUGGGUUUUCAGCUAUUGUUUAUUUAAAUAUCACUGAAACAGUUAUUGCUGCCAUUGCCCAAAUGUAUUUCAUCUAAAAGAAACAAUGCUAAGCAUCGCAACAACUCAAAAUGCAUUACAGGUAAUGAUUGUUCAGUUGAUUCUGAGUAAAAUACCUGGUUAAGAGUCUAAUGCAGUUCUACAAACCUGUAGAUGUACAGAGAAAGCUUCUAUGGAAAAUUGUCUUACAGAUGCACCAGAUGCCAGUUUUAUGUUUUUCCAGAACUGUUGGUGUUUAAAGCAAAAGGCUCAUCUAUCAUGAGUGGAGAUGAAACAGCAGCUCAUUAGCUUCAAGCUUUUUCACACAUACAAGCCACAAAGGCAUCUACAAAAGCUGCAAAAGGCUUGGAGUUUCAGCAACCUUUCAUAUCUCCUCCAGUACUGCUCAGAAAGAAAGUAUAUACAGACACAAUUACAUGCUCUAUGACCUAGUCAAUGAGUUUGCACUUUGAGAAACAACACGGCUUUUCAGCUAGUGCUGCAAACGAUCACCAAAACAACAUAAUUGUCAAACAUUGGCCUUUUUAUAUUAUGUUGAUCUGUUAAUCUGCUUUGGAGAAUAGUACUCUUAUUUUAUGUCUCUUGAAUUAUUCAUGCAUGUGCCCCUUGGACGGCAGAACCUACUUCUGUUGUGCAGUCGUAUUUUGAAAAGUCAGCAGAAAUAAAUAUGGCAGAAAUGAACCGAUUUUUAAAAAACUACUUUACUAUAUUUUGUUACUUUUUAAAUAAUUAUUUUCCACAUAUUGUUGAAGUAUAUUAAGUUUUUUUUUUUAAAUAGUACCCUACGAUGACAUCAGUAGUGGCCGUUAUAUUAAUAUUGCAAAUGUUCAUCAACAAACCAAAGAAUAUUUAUUAGAUGUUGAAUUACAAGAGAUCACUAGUAGUGUCAGUCUUCUUACAAAACCUUUACAUUGACAGCUGCUCUGUUUUAUUACUAAUUUAUUAUUUAUUUGUCAUAGCAGGAGCAGAUGUUAUGGUCAAAAUAAAAUCAAUAUAACUUCUCCAAAGCAGUCCUUUAUGAGGAACCUCUAGAGUAAAUUCCAUUAUGCAGAAAUUGAGCUUUCAUAGUUUUGCGCUGAUGUAGCAUCUCAUCAUUUGAAAAGACGUGAAAGUUACAGUAUGGUGAAAAGAGAGGCUUUUCCACAUGUCUCCAUGUUCUACAGCCUGCUGAAGUGUUUACUGACUGCUGGAGCUCCGUGACUUUCUGUAGCAAAGCAGACUGCUGCUCUACUGUGACACCCAGUGGCUGUUUUCUAGGAUUGCGCAUUAUGCCCUCAGAUUUGAAAAAAAAAAUUUUUUUAAAUCAAAACUAGACCCUGGAAAAUUCAACCUAAAGUUAUGAUAAAAAAAAAAAAGUACACAUCUGAAAUUCAAGGUUUUUACUAUGUUGACGUAUUAAAUUGUAGAUUAAGUUCAGAAAUUUUAUUUUAAAAAAAACAAAAAAAACAGUUCGAAAAGUCAAAAAUAUGCGACUUUUGGAAAUUUUCUAUCAAAAGUUGCAAAUGUUUGACUUUUGGAUCUUAGAAAUUGUUUCUAGAAAAUUUCUAGAAAACUGAUUCAUCUAAAAAAUUCUCAGUUUUUGGGCAGAAUUUUUCUUUGCUUUUUCUAUUUGUAAAGACCCAAAAAUGCCAUCUUAUUUUUUUCACAUUUAUGAGGGCGUUUUUCACAAUCGUUCCCAUUUUGACUUCAUUUGUUUUUGUUUUGUUUUAUGAUUACUGAUGGAAUUAUUUAUGUAUUAAAAUAUUUAAAACUGGGGUAUUGCUACGCUGAAUAACAUGGUGUAUGUUGUUGAGAAUUAUAACCAUCCUUUCAUGUUUUAUGCAAAUCCAACUGCAAGUUCCAAAACAUCUCUUAACAACCUGACAUAGUUUUUAAUAUCGGGCUUCUUUACUUGUGCUUCGUGGGUCUAGUCACCAGCUAGAAACUGGAAAUAUGUUCUACAUACAUUUUGUGAUGAACAUAUAAUGAAAGGUUGGUGAUCAUCAAGCUUUUUGACGCAAAUUGCAAGACUGACAAGGUCAUAAGGUAAAAAAUAAAUAAAUAAUAAUAAAGUAGUAGUUUAGUCAAAACUGGCAACUUCUGCAGCUACAUUUCUAAAUAAUAAUAAAAAAAGUUUACAUUUUCUGCUUUUUACUGUGGAGACUUUUGGGAGUAGAGUCCUUUUUGUCUGAAUGCUUCCUGUCUCUUCCUCUCUUCGUGUCUCUGUACGUGUCGCGGCGUCAAGCUCGCCACGAAGGGCUUUGCUCUUCUGUAAAGAAUCUGCGCCACAGGACAUUUUUGUCGGUGUCUGAACUUGUGCUACUCUUUCUUUCUAUCCUUCUCCUGUCGGUUUGCUCACGAUGUCUCUUGGUCCUCUGUCCUGUGUUGACCUCCUCUGCCUUGCUGCUGCUCCCUGUAAAACUCAAAAGCCUUUCUCUGAACUUGUGCCUCUCUCUCUGUCUAGCCCAGCUCUUCUUCCAAACAUCUGCUGGACGCUUUGCUGCUCUUUCUUGCUUUUUUUUUUUCCUUUGGUCCCUUAUUGAUGCGUGUGUGUGUUUACCAUUCAAGUGUACUGUACAAAAGGUUUAGUUAACAUCCUUUUCCAACAAUAAAAGCCAUGUCUAUGGUGUUAGCUCUCAAAAUAUUUGCUAAUUAUUUUUGCUAAAUGGUCGUCUGUUUUAGUCUGUUGUGCUAAUUUUUUUUAGAGCUCAGCACAAUGAGAGCAAAUGUUUCAACGGUCUGCGAGUCUCGAUCAAGUAAAUCAUUUUAGAAAUGGUUUUUGAAGUUUUAGGAGUUUCCUCUAGAUAACCGUAACAACUCAAUUUGAAACGCUGCUAAUGAACUCUUUCUAGAAAGAUACCUCCAUUUUUAUUGUCUGGAGGGCAUUUGAGUAAACUAAAAUGAUCAACAGCAUCGCCUGAACGUAAUGCUUGCUGCUAUGCUAACAGAGCUUUGAUUGUGUAAUGGGAUUUAAGGAUAAACCAUCAUAUCUGAAAAUGUCCAGUAACACAAUGUAUUUCCUAAUUUGGUAGUGCUUUCAUUUUAUAUAGUUUAUUUAUUUAUUUGUCAUUAAUAAAUCCUACUACAGCAUGUUAGGGUCAUGAUAGAUAGAAAAAUUUUUGCAUAUUUCCAUCAAAACAGAAAUUUGUGAGGUCCAAAAGUCGAAUGUUGCAAAAAAAACAACUCAGAAAUGUUUGACUUCUCAAAGUUUUCUCUGAAUUUUUUGGCGUAAAAAUUUACUCCUCCGUCUAUAAUGGAGCAGAGGUGCUCAAAUCUGAGUCCAGAGUGUUUGGCCUUAGUAAAUCGGAUGGUUUUUCUGUUUUAUCAGAUUUAAAGACUUUUCUUUACCGCGUUUAGCGCUUUAACCCUUGCAGCUCCAACUUGUGCUGAACAAACGUCUCACAAAAAUCCUGCAUGUUUGUUACUAAAGUCUCCAUGUUUGUGUGCCCCCUCCCCUCGCUCUCCAGCCAUUUUUCUGUAUCUUCGUUGUUCCUCUGUGCGGGUUAGGAGACGUGUUUUCCCGGGUUAAUGAAUGUACCGCUCCUGCGUGUCGUCAGAUGUGUUGUGGACGGGUGCUCACGAAGGCGUGAAAGCGCAUGCUAGCGCUAAAAAUGUACGUCCCGCAAAACUGUUCAUCCGGCAGAGGUGCUCAAAUCUGAGUCCAGAGUGUUUUUAGUUAGAUGAAUUAUAACAUUUGGGAGCCGGAAAUGUGUUGCCGGAAUUGAGCAACAAAGACGGCACGCGCCAGAUUGGAGGACCUUUGCUGUCGAACAAUGUGUGGAUUUGUGUGUAAAACAAUUUACGUGUCCUUGAUAUGAUUUAUUUUGAUAAGAAAAGAGAAUGCGGUGUUGAAGGUGGAUUCCACAAACUGAAUAAAGAGUUUCAUUUGAA